AUGACUAAAAAAGGGCUUCAAAGAUCUCGAUCAAUUUCACCAAAUGUGAGUUUUUGUGUUCAAUUUCUUGAAUUUUAAAAAUUAUUAUUUCCAGCCAACUCCUAGAGAAGAUCCGAAAGAUGCGAAAAAGAAAGAUGAAAAGGAAGAUAAAAAUGAGAGAAAAACAUCGGAUGAAUUGAGACGAGUCAAAUCAACGGGAGCAUUGCCUAGAACUUCAAAUACACAAGUUGAACGAAUUUCGAAGUCAUCAGGAACGUCGCCAGGAAAUGCCCAAGUGGUUCCUUAUGUAAAUGAUGCGAGAUCGACAAAUUUGCGGACAGGAUUCAGAUUUCCAUCAUUUCGUAGAGCAUCUCAAAGACCACCAUCACCUGAAAAAUGGGCUACUAUAUUGAAGCCACCAAGUGCAUCGUUUGUUCCUCGACCCAGUGAACCACUUAUUAUUGAAGAAUAUGAUGGACCAUCGACUUCAGCUCAAUCAAGUAGCACAAAUGUUCGACCAGAAAUUGUGAUUCAUUCCGAACCUGAUAGAGAAGAUCGAGAUCGAGAUGUUGAAGCUGGUCCUGGACCAUCGAAUACUUCUCGUCGAGUUGCAGUUGAAUCUUCAACAAGACAACUUCCGCCACUUCGAAUUCAACGAGAAAAUGAAACUGUUGCGAGGCGGAGUGUUCCGAUCAAUGUUCUGCCAAUUACAAGUCAUACCGAAGUCGCUCAGGUCAGUAUUCAUUACUUUUCUCUGUAUAGUUGAAAGUUAAAUAAAAACCACAAAGGGUGAUUAUUCCAAGUAAUCCUAGGGCGCAAAAAUCGCAGAUCAACCUUGCUGAGAAACGCUGAGAAACGCUGUGAAAUCAGAUUUCAAACGUAUUGGUUUUGAAACUAAUUACAGUACGCCAAGUCCGAAUUUCAGCUAAAAUGCUAGUUUUUCCACGCCAUAACUAUAUUUUGACACCCUAAUGUUUUGAAAUACUUAUCCUUAGGAGUUUUCUUUUAACUUCCAAAGUUACAGGAGCAGUUUCAUUUUUUCAAAUCUUUAAAAUUGUAUUUUUCAGCAAACAAGUCCAACUUCUCGAUCUGUUCCGCGCAAUGUUCCAAAUAGAGUAAGUUACUUAUAAUUACAUUAAAUUUCAUAUUUACAUGUACGAUUUUUGCAGUAUAUGCCUCGUGAUGUUCUUCCUGGUGCUGUACCAUUACCAGAUUUGGUAUGUUUUUGAUUUUAUUCCAACAUUUCAUCUAUACAAAAAUUAAAAUUUUUUCAGCCAAGUCCAACUCCUCCCUUGAGUCCAAGUCGUACAAUUCCAGAACGAGCAGAAACACCAUUACCAAUAAUAGUAGUACCAGCUCAACCAUCAACACCGCCUGCCACGCCACGUGGAUUUUUUCGCAGAUUUCUCAAUGCGCUUCAUGCGGGAUACAUGGCAUUCCGGCGAUGGUAUUUUAGUUGA